GGGUAAAGUUUACGCCAUCCACCAAUAAAUUUCUUAGAAAGAGCCACGCAAAAUGCAGUAAACUUAUUUUUUAAGAUAGAAUGUUUGAUAUUCCUAGACAUUAUUGAAGAAGAAAAAGAAGUUCUCUAGUCGUUUUAUUAUACUGUUUAGCCCAAUGAGUACUGUGUGCUAAUAGAGGAAAUAAGUCGAGCAGUAAUGCAUUCAUGGUUUUAUUCCUUUUAUGACACGGAUUAUACUUUUUCCUGCAGUUUUCUUCCAUUUCACGAGGGCUUGUGUGUGUGUGUGUGUCUGUGAAAAUUUAAUUUUUCACAACUUCUGGGCCUCACGGUCACGGGAUUUGAUUCUCUCAUUAACGUGACAGGUUUUUUUCUCCCAGUGACACUCACUUCAAUAAUAUUUGCUAAUUUGUCCUAGAACAUUGCUCUCUAAAAAAAAAAACUGCCAUGUCUGUCUCUUCCAAUUCAUUCCCUGUUAUCAUUUUCGUGCUCAUUUUCCUUUUCCUUGUUACAUUGGCUAUACACUCAUUCCCCAAGUCCACGGCCAACACCACUGGCCGGCCGCCACGACAACUCUCUGUCGAUUACUACGCCAAAUCCUGCCCUCUGGUCGACCAGCUUGUUGCAUCCGUAACCUCCCUGCAAUUCAGAGAAGCGCCGGUAUCUGGUCCAGCCACCAUUCGCCUCUUCUUCCAUGAUUGCUUCGUUGAGGGAUGUGAUGCAUCAGUACUUAUUAAAACAAGAAUGGGAAGCAAAGAAUUAUCAGAGAAGGACGCAGAGGAUAACAAGGAACUAGCAGUGGAGGCAUUUGAUAGCAUAAAGAAGGCCAAAUCAUUGGUGGAGAGCAAGUGCCCUGGAGUUGUAUCCUGCGCAGAUAUACUUGCAAUUGCUGCCAGAGAUUUCGUCCAUUUGGCUGGAGGUCCAUAUUAUCAAGUGAAAAAAGGAAGGUGGGAUGGAAAAAUUUCCAUGGCAUCAAGAGUCCACUCCAACCUUCCUCAAGCAAAUUCAACAGUGGACGAACUUAUUUGGCUCUUUAAAUCCAAAGGCUUAACACUCGAAGACCUAGUCGUCCUCUCGGGUGCACACACCAUUGGUUUUGCCCACUGCCAUCAUUUUCUCAGUCGCAUAUACAACUACAAAGGCACCAAGCAACCCGACCCAAAUAUUGACUCAAGACUCCUGAAGGCCCUCAAAAUGUCAUGCCCACAAUUUGGAGGGAAUUAUGAUGUUGUUGCACCAUUUGAUGUGAAAACCCCUUUUGCAUUUGACAAUGCAUAUUAUGGGAAUUUGGAGGCUAAAUUGGGCUUGUUGGGUUCUGAUCAAGCUCUGUUUUUGGACCCAAGAACAAGGCCCUUGGUUCAAAAUCUGGCAAAGGAUAAAAAGAAGUUUUCCCAGUUAUUUGCUGCUGCUAUGGAUAAAAUGGGAUCCAUUGGGGUGAAGAGGGGAAGGAAACAUGGAGAGAAAAGAAAAGAUUGUAGUAUGCAUCUGUGAUAACUGUUUUUAUUUUCUUUAUUUUUUCUUGGGUUUGAUAAUGUUAAUGGAUGAUUGAUUUUAAUUU